AUGGUAACGUGUGUUUUUCCUUUCAGCACUGGCGGCGACGUGUGUGAGCAGGGGACUCAGUUCAAAGCUGCUUUCCUUUCUGAAGCCUCGCUGGUGAUUCCAUCCACGGUGACGGCCUUGUCUACUGAGAGAGUGAUCACCUGCGAUCACAGCUUCUACGUCCAACGCCUGAGCUGUGCGAGCGGAGUGAUCGUUGUGCAGUCGGCUGUGUAUGGACGCCUGGACAGCGAGAUCUGCAGUGAGGGCGUCCCUGCCUACCAGCUUUCCAAUACGAAGUGCUCACAGCAGGGAUUACUGGACGUGCUGAAGAAAAGGUGUGAUGGAAAGUCACAGUGUGAAAUUAGCACAAGUGUUGUUCGCAUUGAUGACCCUUGCUUUGGAAUCUUCAAAUACGUGGACACCUCGUUUGCCUGCUUUCCAGCCAACGAAGGCCAGGUCCUGUUCGUGUACAGUGCCGACUACGGGCGCCGCGACGGCACCACAUGCUCCUUGGACCGUCCGCCUGAGCAGCUCAGAAACACCCAGUGCUCACAGCCUUCGAGCAGACCCCUCACAGAUGUAACGGAAGACCGCAGCUGUACAGUCACAGCAAACAACUCAGCGUUCGGGGACCCCUGCGUUGGCACCUACAAGUACCUGGAGGUGUUCUACACCUGCCGCGGUGAGAGCUGUUUAUAG